AUGGGUUUUCGUUUUCCCUCAAUCAUUCAAGCCAAACAGAUUCUCAAGCUGCACUCUCUUCUUUCUAGAGGCCAAUCAUCUAUAUCAGCAACAGCAGCGGAGGUGCCAAAAGGCCACUUUGCAGUUUAUGUUGGAGAAGCUGAAAAAAAGCGAUUUGUGGUCCCAAUAUCUUAUUUGAACAAUCCUUCAUUCCAGAAAUUGUUGAGUCAUGCUGAGGAAGAAUUUGGAUUCAAUCAUCCAAUGGGUGGUGUCACAAUCCCAUGCAAGGAAGAUGCUUUCAUCAAUCUCACUUCUCGAUUCAAUUCAUCAUGA